UGUUCCUGAUGAUUGUUAAUUGUACAGGUACGGCAACUGUUGUAUAAAAAUGGUCGUGCAAUUAUUGUAACAAGCUAUAGAAUUGGAAAUAAUGAGUUCACAUCUUUAGUCGGAUACCUACACAGUGUAUGGCGAUUGAUCCCUCUGAAGCCGGUGGACCAUUUAUUCACUUCACAUCGCUUCUCCACACAUAGGCCAAAAAUCAUAAACGGAAUUGAUAGUAUUAUCAUGACAUGGUACGUUACUAAAGCGUCGCCUAUGGUUACUAUCUACGUAGAUAAGGCAGUUACUACAAUGUCUAAGUAUGCUGCAAUUGUCGCCAGUUUAAAUGAAUAGAGCACGGAAACGUACCGACUAAAAUAUGGAGUCCAUUGUGGAUUUAUUUAUUGGAAAUAUCAUUCACUGUGAUCAACCUUUUACUGUGACCGUCAUACAGAAAGGUUUCGUUGCAGUUCAAAGAAACAAGAUAAUCGCCGUCGGCCACUCAUCAGAACUACAAAAUAGAUUCACUUCAGAAAAUGUACGGAAAACACUCCUGAGCGAUUCGCAAAUUUUGAUACCCGGUUUAAUUGACACUCACAUCCAUGCGUGCCAAUAUCCGAAUAUUGGCGUCGGUAUGAAUAAGCCCCUACUCCAGUGGCUAAAGGAUCACACCUAUCCACUGGAAAAGAAAUUUAAGGAUGCCCAAUUUUCAAAGAGGUGUUACGACGCUGUCGUUAAAAAAACGUUGAGUUACGGUACAACGACCGCUGCCUAUUUUGGUUCUAUCUACACAGAUUCAACAUUAAUCUUGGCAGAUUCGGCAAUUCGGCUUGGGCAGAGAGCACUUGUUGGUAAGGUCAACCUUACAAAAAACGGUCCCGCCGAUUACAUAGAAACAUCAGAAGAAUCUCUGCGUGAAACACGCCGAUUUAUUAACGAAAUGUCGAAGAAAAACAGCGAGUUAGUUAAACCAAUUAUAACACCGCGAUUUGCAGUAAGCGUAACUAAGGAAGAUUUAAAGGCCCUUGGAGAAAUGGCGAAAGAAUUCAACUUGCCGAUACAAACUCACCUAUGCGAGAAUCUGGAUGAAAUUGAGCUGGUAAAAUUGGAGUUCCACAAAGAUUACCCUCUGGUAUAUGAUGAAGCUGCGUUACUCACAGAUAAAACGAUUUUGGCACACUGCGUUUACGUAAAAGAUGUGGAUGUAAAAUUGUUGCGCGACCGAGGUUCGGCAGUUGCCCAUUGUCCAAAUUCGAAUCUCAAUAUACGUUCAGGCAUUUGUGACGUUAAAGCGAUAAUCAACGGAGGUGUCAAAGUGGGACUGGGGACUGAUGUAGCUGGUGGCUGUUCGUGUUCGGUUAUAAAUGCGAUGAGGUAUGCCAUAACAUCUUCAGCAGUCCUUUCGUUUACAAACAAAAAUUACGAACCAGUAAACUAUUGCGAUGCGUUCUACUUAGCUACACUAGGAGGUGCCAAAGCAUUAGCCUUGUCUGACAAGAUUGGAAGUUUUCACGUUGAUAAAGACUUUGACGCGUUGAUUGUCGAUAUGGACCCUAACGAGGGACCGGCUGAUUACCUUCAAGAGUGUGCCCCUUUGGAAUUACUGCAGAAGUUUGUGUACGUGGGUGAUGAUCGCAAUGUCAUUUCUGUUUAUGUUGCGGGAAAGAAAGUGAAAUAAAUGUUAUUUCAACUGA